CCACCAGGGUUUGAGCACCUUGAACGCAGGCUGCUGUUCCGUGAAUUGCUUGAACUCGGCCACUGGGAUCAUCGUGCCUGUAGGAAGCGGAGAGACCGAGAUGUAGAGAGAUCAAGAGGAAUCUCCCUGCCAGUCUCUUCCCCCUGGGGAUCCAGAUCCACUCAUGGCCCUGCCACAGCCUGAUGUCCCUUGGCCUCCAGUGGCGGUGUGAUUCCCCCGGUGCUGCAGUCCCCUGUAAGAUCCUCACUUGGGUUCCAGCACAGGUGCGGGAUGGACAAGAGGGACAAGGCAAAGGCGGGGGCCGCGGCGCGGGCGCCGGCUUCUCGCCCUCCCGGCCACUCCACCCCAAGGCCCCCAGGGUCUCCUCGACCCCCUCCUCCAGUAACCGCCGCGGCCCUUCGAGUUCUGGGAGCAGCGGGAGCUACGGGGCGGAGACCCCUGGCCGAGCGAGGUGGGGGCGGCGGCGGAGCCGAGGCUGCUGCCCGAGGGGGAACAACGCGGAGCGCUGGUACAGGUCCCCGGAGCCCAGCUUCCAGGCCCCCAGCGGCUGGGAGAGGGGAGCGCCCCCCUGCCAAGACCCCGGGCCAGGUCUCUGUCACCAGCCAGGCGCGCGCCAGUGGGACCAGCAGGUCAGGCCCUGUUGGUCAGAAGGGACUCCAGGCCCCCGCUGAGGAGCCUGUGGCCAGAGGAAAAGCUCCAGAGGCUCCCAGAAAGAGUGCCGUGAGCUCUGGAGUGCGAAGAGACUCUGCAGGGCCCGCCUCGGGGGCCCCCUCUGCUGCCGCCGCCCGUCGGACCAGGGCCAUAGGCGCAGAGGUGGGAUUCCCACGACCAGCCCCGAGUACCCGGCAGCGGCCCCCGACCGAGGUGCCCCGGAGAUCAGGGAGCAGUGCCACCGAGCGCAGCAGUGCCGCAGACUCGAGUCCCACAGGCCGGAGGCCGCCCAGCGUCGGUGGGGCUCUUCAGAAAGCGGCCUCGCGUCCCCCCGGCUCCAGCGCUACUCCUCUGCCCUCUCCAGCCCGCUCUGGGGCUGUGCUUCGUGCAACACCCCGCUCUCCUGCGCAGACGUCGAAGCCCAAGUCCAAAGUGCUCCAGGCUCUGCGGUCCGCACCUCCAAGGAAAGAGGCAGCCUUAGCUCAGGGCCCGCCUACUUCUUUGGCCACGGCCCCUCCACCUGGUCCCCCUACGCAGCAGGCCUGGUCUCCCCAAGUCUCUGGGGCCCCCCUGCUGGCCGCACUCCCUCCCUCUCCACCGGCCACGCCCCCUCCACCCGCCUCGCUUCACCUGCAGGCCCCGCCCUCCCUGCAGGCCCUGCCCUCCCUGCAGGCCCCGCCCCCUCCGCGAGUCCCUUCCCCUCCCCUGGCUCUGCAGAACCUCCCCUCCCCACCGGCCACGCCCCCUUUGCAAGCUCCACCCACACAGCUGGGCAGGUCCUUUUCGGAAGAGGCAUCCCUCCCUCCGCUGUCUAAGGCUGCACCCUCUCCAACACUUUCACCCCCGCUGCAGAACGUCCUCCUCACCCAGGCUUCUUCGGCUUUGCCACCUCUUCCGACUCCCUUGACCACACCUUUUUCGUCCACUCUACCUUUACCCUCGUCCUCUAUACAGAUCCCUCUUUCUCCACCAAUUUCUCCGCUGAAUCCGCCGUCUCCUCUGUCCACGCCCACUCCACCGGCUUUUCCCACUCUGGCCACGCCUUCUCCCCUUGCCAGUCCCGCCCUGUCUCUGCCCCCUCUUCAGACCAUGGCCUCUAAAAGGCCUACGCCUCCAUCGCCAGACCCUCCUCCUCUGGGGACAUCCCCUGUGAAGGGUCCUCUGGCCGCUCCCUCUCCUCCAGCCUCUCCCCCUCUGCAUGCCCCGCCCCCUUCACUGGCCCCGCCCCCUCUGUGUGCCCCACCCUCUCUGACCUCGCCACCCAUACAGGUCCCACCUGCUCUGGUCUCACCUCUGCUGCAGGCCACGCCUUCUUUCCGGCCCACGCCCCCUGUGCAAACCCAAGCUCCUCUGACCUCGCCCCCUCUACAGGGCUAUCCUCCCCCUACCACGGACCCUUUGCCCCUUCUCUCUCCCCCUGCCUCUCCCCCUCUACAGGCUCUUCUCUCUCCUCCCGCCUCACCACCUCAGCAAGCCUCUCAGUCUCCCUGUGCCUCACCUCCCCGGUCUCCUUUGGGUACCCAUCCUCCACAGGCCCCGGCUUCUCUAGACUGGCACCCGGCCUCUCCCCUGGCUACGCCUCCUCCACAGGUUUCGCCUCUGGCCUUGCCUUCCCUACAGGCCCCUCCCUCACCCCAGGCCACUUCCCCCAUGCAGGCCCCGCCUUCACCGGCCUUAUCCCUUCGGCGGGAUCCUCCCUCUCCCAUGAUCACGCCCCCUCCACCGACCCUACUUCCUUUGCAGGCCCCGCCCUCCCCGCGCCUGCAGUCCCCGCCCCUUCACCUGACCACGCCCUCUAGGCAGGUCCCAUCUUUGGUCUUGCCCCCUCUGAAGGCACCUCCCUCUUCCCUGGCCACGCCACACACACAGGCCCCGCCCUCCCCGCUCAUGGAGGCCCCUCCCCUUCCCCUGGCCACGCCCUCUAGGCAGGUCCCAUCUUUGGUCUUGCCCCCUCUGCAGGCACCUCUCUCUCCCCUGGCCUCGCCCCUCCUGCAGGCCCCUCCCUCUCCCCCUGCCUCUCCUACUCCACACGCUCCACGCCGUCCCCCGACCCCUGGUCCAGAUGCCUCCAUUUCUGGCCCGCGGUUGACACUAGCGCUGGCCCCGGCUCCGCCGCCACCACCCUCGCGCAGCCCGUCCAGCACGCUGAGUGGCCCGGACCUGGCUGGCCACAGCAGCAGCGCGACGAGCACACCCGAGGAGCUGCGCGGUUACGACAGCGGGCCCGAAGGCGGCGCCGCAGCCUCCUCGCCGGCCGACGCGGAGCUCGCUGCCUGCCACCCAGCUGCCUGGAGUCGAGGCCCUGCUCCGCCGCUGGCUGUCCGCGGCGCUCCAGGAGCUCCGCUCUCCUGGCCUCCGGCAGCGGGACCCGGCUCUGCAGACGGGCUGUGCACCAUCUACGAGGCUGAAGGGCCUGAGCCGGCGACCCCCACCCCGGGCGCGCUGGAUCCGGGGCUCGGGUCGGGCGCCGGGGGUGAGAAGGCCGCAGCGGGCGCGGGGCCGGGUCAGUCUUCGCGGAGCCCGAAGCCGGCGCGCCUGGGCGAGCUGCCGCUGGGGGCGCUGCAGGCAAGCGUCGUGCAGCACCUGCUGAGCCGGACGCUGCUGCUAGCGGCUGCCGAGGGCGCCGCGGGAGGCAGUGGCGGUGGGCCAGGCGGCUCGGGUGGUGUUGGGGUCUCGGGGGGCGCCCGGGCUCCGCUCAGCGAUGCCGAACUGGGCCGCUGGGCCGAACUGCUAUCUCCUCUGGAUGAGUCCCGAGCUAGCAUCACCUCGGUCACCAGCUUCUCCCCGGACGACGUGGCUUCCCCUCAGGGUGACUGGACCGUUGUGGAAGUGGAGACUUUCCAUUGAGCCCGCGGCGGUCCCGCCUGCUCCCAUCCGGGUUUAGGCUCCCCUCUCCGUUUUAGACCCUGCCCCCGUCCCCUGCAGCCCGGCCCUUGUCCCAUUGGUUUUAGCCCCUAGAGCUCUUUCUAGUCUUUGGGCCCAGACCCCAACCCCGCUCUGGCUGAGGCUAGGGAGCAACCCACGCCCUUGGCCUAGGCCAUCCCCUCGGGUCUGCCCCUUUGGGCUAGGACACGCCCCUGCCCCUUCUAGCUUCGUCCCUUGUCCAGUGCAUUUACUCCGCAAUAAACCUGGGAGCAAUAAACCUGGGACACCA